AUGUAUCCUCAUUUACCAGCAUCAACAAACAAUAAACCGACUCGGGAUUCUAAGUCCGCUUACGAAGACUUUACUCACCGCUAUGCGAUUAAUAAAAAUUUUGCUACGAAACUUCAUCAACUGCGUGGUUAUGAAAUUGUUUUCAUAUGUGACGAUUCAGACUCCAUGAAAAAUCCAAUAGAUUUCUCUAGUCGACAGCAGGAGGAAACGACUCGCUGGGAACAACUGAAGAAAAUAGUAUCAAUCGUUGUAGAUUUGGCAAGUACACUAGAUCCAGACGGCGUUGAUGUUUAUUUUUUGAAUAGAAGACCUGCACUCAAUGUGCGUAGUUCAAAAGAAUUGACUAAUAUAUUUGCCACACCUCCCAAUGGUAUGACACCAAUCGUUCGUGUGUUCAGACAAGUUCUUCAAGAUAAGGAAAAAAGAAUUCGAGAAAGAAAAUUAUUGGUUCUUCUAGCUACCGAUGGUAUACCGACCACUGAAGAUGGUACACCCAAUGCUCAAGAACUUUAUCAGGUUCUCUUAAGUGAACGUAUACCAAUAGACCGAGUUCCUGCAACGAUUAUCUGUUGCACAGAUGAUCAGGAAUGCAUGUCAUAUCUUAAUGAUUGGGACCGAAAAAUUCAAAAUCUUGAUGUUGUCGAUAAUUACGAGAAAGAAAAACAACAGAUUUUAGCUUGUCAAGGCAAGUCUUUUCCAUUUAGCUUCGGUGAUUACGUCGUGAAAAUUCUUUUAGGUGGUGUGGACAGUUGGUUCGACCGUUUGGAUGAAGAAAAAGUAUCUUUAGAUAAUGAUAGAUCAUCUCAACACUGA